AAAUUAAUAAAUAAAAUGGUUAUAAGCCACUUUUUUCAGUGCCCCUGUAAUUUUGAACGGUCACGAAAUGAACUUUUGUAAGUCAAAGAUUACCAGUAUAUUUGUUGCACGUCAACCUGAACAACUUGACAUGCUCCUUUCUUGGCUGCUGGCCGCAUGGUAUACAUUCCCUUUCAUACACUCUAUGUUGAAUAUCAUGAAAAUCAUUAGCUUUUAUUCACAGCAAUGCUCAUUUUAUAUACAAAUGUCUCAGUGGUGAAAUCCAAUUUUUUUUUACUACCGGUUCUGUGGAUGUGGCUUGGUGGGCAUGGCAGGGGAAGGAUACUGCAAAAUCCCCAUUCCCUCCUUACUUCUGGGGGAAGGAUAUUGCAAAAUCCCCAUUCCCACCCCACUCCUGGGGGAAGGAUACUGCAAAAUCCCCAUUCCCUUCCCACUCCUGGGGGGAAGGAUAUUGCAAAAUUUCCAUUCCCACCCCACUCGGGGGCCAGCCAGAGGUGGUAUUUGCCGGUUCUCCGAACUGCUCAAAAUUUCCACUACCGGUUCUCCAGAACCUGCUGAAUUUCGCACCUGAAAUGCCUUGAGUUCCAAAAAGGGGCAUCAAAUACAGGCAGGCAUAAAAAUACAGUAAUAGAAGAAAAGGCAGAUGCAGGUCGAAGGAGGGAAGACACGUGGGAAGGCAAAGCCUUGUAAAAUUAAACUAAUGAGUCUAAAUUGGAUGUUCGGAGCCAGCCAUCCUUCGAAAUCUGGCAAGGCUGGAUUCCAUUUGCGGGUGUUUGUUGAUUCCUCCUGCUCUCCAUUGAGGAAAUAAGGUAAGGCGGAAUGUGCUUCUCCGAGGGGUAUUACGGUAGCCGAGCUCCAGUCUUGGCGGCUGGCUCCUCUGCAUUGUGUUUCCUAUCCCGGGCAGGUAGGGGAGGUUGGGAAGAGGAGCCGCGUCGGUGGGGGCCGGAGGGUGGGCAGCCCCUCUAAGGAAGAAGAAGAAGGCAGGCGGACUUUGCCGUUUGCUGCUGCUGCUACAAUCCCGGGACGGGGCAGAUUUUGCCUGGCGACCUGGCGCUGCUCCCGCAGCCCCCUGGAACUUUUGCCAGGCAUUGGCGCUGCCUGCUCGGAUGACGCGGCCAACUCAUCCCGGGUUGAAUGCCGGCCGCUUCCAGCACCCCUAGAAGGAAAGCGAACCCAAGGACGGCGACGGCGGGGAGGAAGGAAAGCUCCGGGUUAUACCCGGCAAAGCACCGCUGGAAGGGGAAGAAGCCCCGCUUGUGAUGAGGAGCCCGCAGGGAGACUUCGGAGCCGAGAGAUCGGCCGAGGCCCUCGGAGAGGCUCCGAUUUAUAAGGGUGCUGCCUGCGGAACUCCCGCCCACACGCCCGGAGCUUCUGGGAGGGACUGUCUGCCAGACCGAGCCUUCAACAGCUCACAAGCCCAGCUGGAAGGUUGGGGAAAGGAGCGCCCGCUUCCAGUUGCCGAGACAGACCCAGCCUCUCGCUUUACCGCCCCUUUCCUGGGAUGGAGGUUCCGGGCAGCGGCGCCGAGCUCCCCCUGCCUCCGGACCUGAAGGAUUUGGAGAUGAAACUCGGGCAGAAACCUCCGGACGGGCUGAUCCGAUGGCUGCGGGGGGACCCCACGGCUCACCUGCUUCGGAACAGCCCGAAUCGGGGGCCCCGCCACGGGCUGGGGGAGAAGAUCAAGGCUCUGAAGCUGGAAUUGGCCUAUCUAAGAGCAAUAGAUAUCAAGAUCCUCCAUCAACUGGUAGCUGUGAAUGAUGGAAUAGAAUCUGUCAAGUGGUUUCUUGAGGAAAAAGGGAUGCUGACCAGCCGCUGUAGCAGCCUUACCAGCAGUCAGUACAGCUUGGUAGAAAGUCAAGAUACAUCCCGACGAGGCAGCUGGAAUAGUCUUCAGGAUCCCAAUGACAAACUGGAUAGUAUAUCUAUUGGUAGUUAUUUGGACACACUAGCUGAUGAUAUGGAUGAAUAUGGACAAAGUUCUUCUGUGGAACCCAUAAUGUCACCUACCUUAGGUAGACCUCUGGGCAGAAGUGAAUUAGAAAGAUCGAAGGCAGAUCUAGAGAGAGUCUUUCUUGCAAAGAUGGACAAAGAGCAAGACAAAAGCAAAACUUAUCCUGAAUGGGCCUCUAGUUUAGUUAAGAGCCAAAGUUUUAACAAGCCAAGUGCACCGGUCCAACUGUCACCACCAAUGGCUAAUGGAAUCAUGGGUAGACAAGUCCCUAAGCUAGUGCAGAGCCUUGAGGAGAAGUUUACCUCUGCAGCUGCUGAGCAACCAAGCAAAGAGAAUGUAGCAGUGAAGGCCUCCAGGAAGAGCAAAAUGGAUUCAGAAAAUUGCAAGCUCGAUAACAGGAAGCACCUGGAAUAUGAUGGCCAAUGGCAGUGGGCUGAGUCUCAAGAAGAUGUGACAUUUUUGUAGCAUCCAUGACUGGCUGCCUGGAUUAACAUAAAGAGAUUCCAGACUUUAUGCACUAGUCUUUUUGCACCUUGGACUGCAAGCUGUGCUCUCUUUGUCUGAAUGUCUUUUACUUUGACCAGAACUGUUGAGACAUAAUUGCUGAUGGACAGAACAUAAGUAUAUUAGCCAGAUGGCAUUUGUCUUCUAACAUCUUAAGCCUUUUCCAAGAAUGGGGACAUAUAAAAAUACUGUACACCUUUAUCUGAAAGCCUACCAAUGCUGCACUUUUGUGCCACAGUUCUAGUGUCUAUGUGAGUGGAGGUGGGCGUAGGCUCAUAAGCUGGACUUUCAGGUUUUAGCAAAGCUGUUCACUUGAGUAGCACUCAAUCCUACUGCAUGUAACCAAUACUCCCCUAGGAAUAACCAAUUUUUUUUUAAUGAAAGAAGCCAGAGAAAAACUUUGAUACUACAAUCCUUUUAAUCAAUGUUAUUAUUAUUAUUAAUGUCAUAAGAAAUACUGCUCCUUCAUUUGCUUGAUAUUUGAGUUACCUCUUAGGUUUAGGAAAGGAAUGUAGAAUUCUACAGAGAAGCCCACACAUUCAUUUACUACACUCAACAAACUGAACAUGUCCUUCAUUCUGGUAACCAUGAGAACCAGCCUUCCACCUGAACCUGAGCAAAAUAGUGGGGGAGUCUGUUGGUUUAAUGAGUCUUGAAAAUCCUUGAAGGGCCGAGGCUUAAGCAUUGUGCUGCACUUUUAGAAUAGAAUCGAAUAGAUUUUUUUAUUGGCCAAGUACAAUUGGACACACAAGGAAUUUGUCUUGGUGCAUGUGCUCUCAGUGUACAUAAAAGAAAAGAUACGUUCAUCAAGAAUCAUAAGGUACAACACUUAAUGAUAGUAAUAGGGUACAAAUAAGCAAUCAGGAAACAAUAUCAAUAUAAAUCAUAAGGAUACAAGCAACAAAGUUACAGUCAUACAGUCAUAAGUGGAAAGAGAUUGGUGAUGGGAAGGAUGGGAAGAUUAAUAGUAGUGCAGACUUAGUAAACAGUUUGACGGUGUUGAGGGAAUUAUUUGUUUAGCAGAGUGAUGGCAUUCGGGAACAAACUGUUCUUGUGUCUAGUUGUUCUGAUGUGAACAACUAUAGCUCGUUUUGAGGGUAGGAGUUGAAACAGUUUAUAUCCAGAAUGUGAGGAGUCUGUAAAUAUUUUCACAGCCCUCUUUUUGACUCAUGCAGUAUACAGGUCCUCAAUGGAAGGCAGGUUGGUAGCAAUUGUUUUUUCUGCAGUUCUAAUUAUCCUCUGAAGUCUGUGUCUGUCUUGUUGGGUUGCAGAACCAAUGACUGCAAGUAACAUAAAAGUGCAGCAAAUAUAUAGGGAUAAGGGAUAACCUCUCACACACUUUUACGUUAGGCUUGGGAAAUAACUGAGAUUUUUGUGGUAUACUUUGGAGGCAAAUUAGGUGCUUUGGGUAAGCCUUUGCCUCUUGAGUUGGAAGCGGGGAUGGAAAAAAGAAUUACUGGUAAUGUUGCAUUAGACUAAAAAUGUGCCCUGACUGGUUGUUUCCUAGUCAUAGUUUUAAAUGGCAGCUCUAC